UUUUUUUUCAACUCCACUUCAAUCUGGAAAGGUCUAACUUCCCUUCAAAACUCAGAGGCAAGCCUGCAACCGUAGGAUUCGACAUCGUUUUAUUGCCUUAAUUGUAUUACUAAAAUUUUGUUCUGCGUUGAAGAUUAUUUUGGGAUGCGCCUUCUUCCAUCUGUCCCAAAUUCAAAUUCUUGAAUCGUUAAUGGAAUCGCGAGGGCAGGGCAGAUUCGAUGAGUUUACUUCCACUGAACCCUCAAUUGAAGAUCAGAAAGAGGAGGAAUUUUACAAUGCGAGAUCCUCAAUGGAGGAAUUGAGUGCCAAUUUGGAUAAACAGAAUGAGAGAAAGACGAAUCUUUUGACUGAUUUGCAACAUUUACGCCAACGAAUCGAGGAGAAAGGAGUUGCAAAUGGCGGAGUGCAGAAAUUGCUUCCUCUUUUGUACUCACUGAAGGCUCUGGAAAGGCAAGAAUCUGUUUUGCAAUCUAUUUACGAUGACAAGCGCUCUCAGUUGCAAGCUGAGGUUAAUGAAUUGGAGGAUAAGAUAGCGGCUGCUUGGGAUAUCGAGACUCUUUCUAAGGAUCUCGAUCGUGUAUUGUCAGAUUCACUGGAGAAACUUAACUCUGCAAAGAAGGAACAAGCAGCACAACUAAGAGCAAUACUGUCAGUGAAGCGGCAGAUUGAUGACAUUCCAACCGAGUCAGAACUCGUUCAGUAUGAACGCCGUUUUUCAGAGCUGAAUGCUUAUAUCCAGGAAAAACAUCGUCAAACCCGCAAAUAUUAUGCAACCUAUAAUGCUCUUUUGGAGAUUAAAGAACUGAUGCUAAAGGAAACUUCCUUGUUGAAUUCGAUAAGUUCACAGUUUCAGGAUGCCAUUACAAGUACUGAUGGUCGCAUGAAGCUUAUUGGUUCCAUGGAAGGGAUUGUAAAGAGCAGCCAGCGGAAGCUACAAAAGGUGCAAGUAGGGCUUCAGGAAGAGCAGAAGGCUUGCGAUGCUCUUAAGAAGAGGUAUGCUGCAGCAAUGGCAGAGCAAAGGCGCUGCUAUUCUCUGUUAAAAGAUUUUCAGUGUUGACCAUGUUAUCAGUAGUGCCAAGGAUUUCAAAGAUUCUUGAAGACAGUCCAGGCUAAAAGUGGACAUGUUUCACCAAAGAGUUAAUUCGUUGAUUGGUUGGAAGCCACAGGCAGGAGAUUUUUUUUCAAACGCAAUACAGAUGGCUCUCAAAGAUCUGCUACUGGUGAAGCUUCCGCAAGAGAUUUGAUUAGAGAUUCGAAUAGCUAGUGGUGCAAAAUUUUAGUUGUUAAUCUUGGGCAAUGCUUUGUUCUAGCAAUUGAGUUGUGGGGUAUUUUGGAAAGUGUGAAAUUACAUAGGGGGAUGAAUCUUCGGAAGUUGUUGCUCAAGAGUGAAUAGAAUUGCUAUUGCUAUUCUUUAAGGUCAGUAUGAGUGUCCGCUAAUGUUGCAUUCUCUGGGGAUUUCAAUGAAGAUGGAAGUUGCUGAUGAUUGGGAUAUUCAAUUUAUUCAUGUAUACGGAGGAGCGAACUUCUUAGCUGAUUGGAUGGCCA